UCGCAUCUUGACGACAGAGAUCCCAAGAACUCUAGAUACUUGGAUGCUCGAGGAAUGAAAAGUGACGUUUAGUAUGAAUACUAGUACAACAGAAUCACUUGAUUGGAACAGAACUGACGGAGAAGAACUAUGGGAUACAGAGUUCAUUAUAUACGGGAUAUGUGUCCCCGUGGUGGUGACAUUCGGCUACAUAGGGAACAUCGUAACAGCUAUUGUUCUGUGGAAGGCAAAUAUGGCGUCCAUCACGAAUCUGUUUCUUAGGGCUUUAGUGAUCUCUGACAUGGCUCUGGUGACGUUUGCCAGCCUGGCCAUGACCUUGCCUAAUAUCGUGACUAAGCUUGUGAACAGAGAUUUAGGGAUCCAUGUCAUCAUACCCCAUGGAUUCAAGACCAUCGACUAUUUGACCAUGACAUCACAGUUGUGUAACGAAUACAUUCUGGUAUUUGUUUCCAUCGAGAGGUACAUUGCGAUCUGCCAUCCAAUGAAACAUGUUUAUAUCCACUCAAAACAAAAGGUUCUGGCCUCUAUUGUCGGAAUCAUAUUGUUCUCAGUUUGCUACAACUUGCCGAGAAUAACAUCCACAGAAAUCAAAUUAAAACCUUGUUUUGAUGAGCACUUUUCUCAUGAUUGUUAUGAAAUAAGACAGUCAGAUUUUGGGAACACGUUCUGGUACAGGUCCGUGUAUGCUGUAUGGAUGUACACUGUUGUGUACUUCGGUAUCCCGUUGCUUGCACUCCUCUUCUUGAAUAUCUUGAUUCUCAGGAAACUUGGCAAGAUGCGUGCACGAAGACGAACCCUGGAGGCUUGUGCAUCGCGCUCGAAGAAAGAAAAUACCACAGUCGUCAUUGUUCUCAUUGUAGCCGUAUUUACAAUCUGCCAGACAUUUGGAUUUUUUAACCAGUUCCAAUUUUUAAUGGAUGAUGAAAAAGAUAAUGCUUCUGUACAGACAAACAUUACAGUAAUAAUCAACUUUCUGUAUAUGAUCAAUUCCAGUAUAAACUUUAUAAUAUACAUUUGCGUUGGGAAGAAAUUCCGGCGAACAUUCGUAACGACAUUUUGUGUCAAGAAGUGGAACUGCAAAGCGAGUCGUUGCUGUGGUGACAUGGAAGCUUACAGCGUGACAAUCGUCACAUUGAAAAGGACUUCAGUUGUAUAAAGGCUGUUGCUAGGGUAUUGUAAAUGCUUCCAGCGAGGCUGUUGUAACAUAUUACAGUAAUGCAGUAUCGUAAGGGCUUACAGCAAGGCCAGAGUUAUAUCUUACAGUAAUGCAGUAUCGUAAGGGCUUACAUUGAGACUGACAGUGGUCAUUUUAUAUCAUUUUGUGUAAAAAAUAUAUUCAGAACUGGUUGCUAAGCUUAUUUUUGAUAUUAUGUGUGUGUCCAAGUAAUUGUUUAUCCGGUGAUUUUUAUCAUGUACACACGUACAUAAUAUUAUUUGUAUUUGUAAAAUGAAGUUUUGUUGA